ACGGGGACGAAGUUCAUGUGCAGAGAAGGCGGUUGUGGCUGCUGCAUUGUUAUUAUAAGGCGAUAUGAUCCAUUGAGUGGAAAAGACUGGGUUGGAUCAGUGAACUCUUGCCUGGUGUCCGUUUUCUCGUGUCACGGAAUGGAAGUCGUGACGAUCGAAGGAAUUGGCGGGAAAGCGAGUGGUUUCCAUGCGAUCCAGGCGCGUCUGGCCAGGAUGAAUGGCACUCAGUGCGGAUUCUGCUCGCCCGGAAUGGUCAUGAGCAUGCUUGGCCUGAUCGAGAGCCACAAAGGACGCGUGUCGAUGGCAGAAGUCGAGAACAGCCUCGGAGGAAACAUCUGCAGAUGCACUGGAUACCGACCAAUCCUGGACGCCUUCAAAUCCCUGGCCGAUGACGCCGAUCCCACUCUGCCUUCCUGCCCAGACAUUGAAGAUCUCCCGAUGAGAUGCAUUUUCGCUGGAGAGCCGCCCUCUAAGUUCGACUGUGAUUUCGUGCGCUUCGGGCUCGAGAACGGCCGAGAGUGGUUCAGAGUGACGAGUGUGGAGCACGUGCUGAAGAUCUUCGAGAAGUCGCACAAUCGUCCUUACAUGCUCGUGGCGGGAAACACUGGCCACGGCGUCUUCCGCCGCAGGGAAGAUCUCGAGAUCUUCAUUGACGUGAGUGGCGUCGAGGAAAUGAGGAUCAUGACUUUGGGAGACACUCUGGAAGUGGGCGCCGCCGUGACUCUGUCGGAAUUCAUGGGCUUCCUGACCGAGGCUUCAGAGGCGAAGCGGGAAUUCUCGUACUGUCGGCAACUCGUGCGUCAUCUCGAUCUUGUGGCUCAUCCGGCGGUGAGAAACCUGGCCACGAUCGGAGGCAAUCUGAGCUUGAAGCACCAGCAUCCGGAGUUCCCGUCGGACAUUUUCCUCCUUCUGGAAACUGUGGGCGCCUUCCUCACCAUCGUGGACAGCGACGGAGUGCACAGAGUCACUUCCGUGGAGGAAUUCAUGUUCAAGUCCAUGCGCAAACGAGUCAUCCUGAAAGUGAUUCUGCCCCCUCUGCAUCCGGACAAGUUCUGCCUGGCCACGUACAAGAUCAUGCCUCGGGCGCAGAACGCCCACGCGAUGGUCAACGCGGGAUUCCUCUUCAAGUUCAGCCCAGGAAGAAGCGUCGCUCAGUCGGCCAGGAUUUGCUUCGGCGGAAUCAACUCGAGGUUCAUUCACGCCUCGAAAACGGAGAAUCUCGUGAUGUCCAAGAGUCUGUUCUCCAAUGAGACCGUCGCUCUUCUCAUGGCUUCCUUGAACGAGGAGCUGAAGCUGGACUGGAUUCUUCCGGAUCCGUCGCCGAGGUAUCGGAAACUCCUCGCUUUGGGACUCUUUUACAAAGCCAUUCUGAGUGUGGCUCCUGUGGAGAGAGUGAGGGAUUUUCUUAGAAGUGGCGGUGAGGAGAUUUAUCGUACUCUGUCUUCGGGAAGACAGAGCUUAACAGGUGUAGAAAAUUCAAUGGCUAAGCUUGAGGGUCAGAUUCAAUGCAGCGGAGAAGCAAAGUACGUUAAUGACUUACCGUACAUGCUUCAUGAAGUUUGUGCUGCUUUCGUCCCUGCAACUGAAGUGAGUUCUACGAUUUUGGAUAUUGACGCUUCGGAAGCUCUUAAGAUCCCUGGAGUUGUGGCGUUUUUCAGCGCAAAGGAUAUACCUGGAAUUAAUUCAUACAUGACUCAAGUUCUAAUACAACCCCUUGAUGUGGUUGGACCCGAGGAAGUUUUCUGCAGCGGGAAAGUCCAAUAUCACAGUCAACCAGUGGGAAUCAUUCUUGCUGAAUCCAUGAACAUUGCUUUAAAAGCAGCAAAAUUUAUUCGGAUAGUUUACUCUCGUCGAGCCGAGAAAAAGCUCUUAUUAACAAUUGACGAUGUCUUGAAUGCUGGUGACCACAGUCGAAUUAUAAACUUUGCAACUCGAUUGAAUCGCGAAAGAGAGGGAAAUGAAACCGCAGCCACUAUAUCGGGAAAACUACGAUUCAGUACUCAAUAUCAUUUCCAUAUGGAAACACAUACGACAGUUUGUGUUCCAACGGAAUCAGGGUUGGAUGUUCAUUGUUCCACUCAAUUUCUGCACUUUACGCAAACAGGAAUCUCUCGAGUCUGUAAUAUUCCUCAGAAUUCUAUAAGAAUGAGGCUAGAACGAAUGGGAGGGAGUUUUGGCGGAAAAACAUCAAAGUCCGCGCAUGUUGCUUGUGCAGCAGCAUUGGCUUGCUUAAAGCUUCAACGACCAGUUCGAUUUGUCAUGACGAUUGAAGAUAAUAUGAUGAUUAUGCCAAAGAGAUUUCCAGGAAACACUUACUAUGAAGUGGAAGUGAACAAAACAGGGAUGAUACAGAAGCUGGGUGGUACAGCAUACAUCGACCUGGGAUCGUCUGUAAAUGAAGUAAAAAACCUCUACUUGAUAAUCGAUAUCAGUACCAGUCUGUAUGACUCUUCAACAUGGUCUUUGGAUUACAAAGGGGUUCACACAGAUGUUCAUCCUCAUACAUGGUUCAGAGCUCCAGGUUUUGUUGAGGCUCAUGCUACGUUUGAGAAUAUAAUGGAACACAUUGCCAAAGAAUUACGCAUAGAUCCCCUAGAAGUUCGUUUAGCCAAUCUGCGUGCAGACUCUCCAAUGAAGAGUAUUAUUCCUGAAUUCUUACAACAAUGUAAUUACGAAAUUAGGAAGGAACGAGUAGAAGUAUUUAACGCUGCCAAUCGUUGGAGGAAAAGAGGAAUUGCCUUUGUCCCUCUGAAUUAUCCUAUACUGACAGGUACACGCUAUGCAGUUUUCGUGGCAGUUUACGCGGUAGACGGAAGCGUUAGCGUCUGCCAUGGAGGAAUUGAGAUGGGACAAGGAAUUAACACAAAAGUAGUUCAGAUCGCUGCCCGAGCUUUAGGAGUUCCUGUGGAAACAGUAAAGAUUGAGGCUCCAAACACAUUCGUGAACGCCAACGGAAUGGUUACAGGCGGGUCUCAAAGUACGGACAUCGUAGGAAAACUCGUUCUAGAAGCUUGCAAUAUAAUUCUGGAGCGCUUGAAGACUGUUCGUGAGGAAAAACCCGCAGCUUCUUGGCCUGAACUCGUAACAACUGCUUAUGAGCGUGAUAUAUCCUUAUCGGUGCUUGUAAGUGACAACGAAUCUCACCAUCUUUCCUAUAACGUUUAUGGCGUUUCCUGUGCAGAAGUGGAAGUCGAUAUGCUAACAGGAGACUUUCUGUUGCGUAGAGUGGACAUAAGCCAAGAUGUUGGCGAGAGUCUGAACCCGGCAAUUGACAUAGGUCAGAUUGAAGGCGCUUUCGUGAUGGGAUUGGGUUACUGGCUACAGGAGAAGAUCAUCCGAAAUUCAGAGACGGGAGAGAUUUUGACGAAUAGGACGUGGAACUACAAGCCACCAGGAGCCAAGGACAUUCCAGUAGACUUUAGGGUCUCCUUUAUGAAAAAGCAGAAUCUUCCAGCAGGAAUUCUGGGCGCCAAAGGUGUUGGAGAACCUGCUAUUUGCAUGUCGAUUGUGGCUACUUUUGCUUUGAGGAAUGCCAUUGAAUCUGCAAAGAAGGAUGCUGGCAUUGAGUCUUCUUUCAUUCCAAUGGACCCACCAACAACUAAAGAAGAUAUUUUGAUGCUUUCAGGAACACAUUUUGGUCAAUUUCAGUUCUAA